AUGUUUUACGUUUACAUUUUGAAAUGUGAAAAUGGAAAAUAUUAUAUUGGAGAAACAAUAAAUGUAAUAAAAAAAUCAAAGCAACAUGAAAGUAGUGAUGCAUCUAAAUGGACACAAUUACAUCCACCAAUUGAAGAAAUUAAAAACAAAAUUCCAACCACUAAUAGAAAAUUAAAAUUCGCAAAAACUAUUGAAUUAAUGAAAAAACAUAAAAUUGAAAAU